GAACUGAAAUUAUCAAAACCAAAACCAGGGUUGGAAAGAACUCACAUCUCCAGCAUAAUAGGGUGCUGAGUGCUACGAUAGAACGAUACGGCUUCUCGGCACUACUGGCUGCAAAAGAGUGAGUGACAAUCGAGAACUUAUAUAUAUUUAUAUAUAUCCCUCUUUAUGAGAGGAAUAAUGAGUUACGCUUAGGUCUGUCCACCACUAACGCAGCGGCCGAACUAAGAGUACAGAGCAUCCAAAAAGAAAAAAGACAACGAUAGUUAAAAGAUCACGAGCUGAAGUAGAACAAGGAGCCACCCGACCUUUGUGCCGUAUCUCUUUGCCCUCAAACGUACACGAGUACACGAGAACGCACGCACACACACACACACUUAUAAGAUUUAUAUUAUUAGAUUGAAUAGACGGAAGAAGUGCGUUUCGGUUUUCCCUUCUUUUCUAAGUUUCAGUUUUUGCAGUGUUUUUUUUCUGUCUCUCUUUUAUUUGCGUUCGAAGAGUGUCUUUUCUGUUUUGUUUCUUUGGUGUACUUCAGGUUUGCCGUGUCUUGUGUGUGUGUGUGUGUGUGUGUUGUGUUGCCGAGCAAGCCGCUCCAAAAAUCCCACGCAGACACGGUCCAUUUGCCCUUUUUAGCUUUUCUUCGUACGGUAAUCUUGAAUUCCUCCUCUCUCACUUGUUUAGGUCUCUUUCCCUUCCUGAGACAUGAACGAGGUUAAUCGGCCGCCGUACUUUACCAAGCCUCAGGAGUACGUUGGCAAUAACCAGAGAAAGACUCUGCUUUUAGAUAUGGACGAGACGCUAGUGUACUGCUAUCUAGGGCGACCCAAGUUCUUCGGUGCCUCAAGUGAGGACUUUUAUUCGUUUCGUCUCGACGACGAACCUGAGGUAGAGUACUGCGCCUUUAAGCGUCCUGGCGUUGACCGCUUCCUGCAGCGCUGCGCCGAGUACUACGACCUUUGCAUAUUGACCGCCGGCGAUGAGUUAUACGCCAAGACGCUGCUGCGGUGGCUGACACCUAGCAUUCCCGAAAGUCGAUGGUACUGCCGGGACUUCUGCGCCCAGGACGCGAACGGGAUCCGAUACAAGGACCUCUCUUCGCUGCCUGGACCUCCUUUUGACCCCCGUAAUACCCUCCUCUUGGACGACUCCGCCCCAGGGAUCGUCGUGCCGGCGACGAACGGACUAUCCAUUCCCCGCUUCGCACCACAGGCCGGACGCAGCGACGAAGAGAACUACGAGCGAAUGCGACGGGACUCGGCCCUUGACACCUUUGGUAAUAUGCUGUGCAAGGCUAAAUUCACUAGCUGCAGUGAUGUUCGAACACCUAUUCGAGAGUUCUACGAGUACAUGGAGAACUGGACUCGGCAAAACAUAGCGUGA